AUGGACUUCGUAAUCGGCGGCCUGGCAGGCGCCGGCGCAACUAUUUUUACCAAUCCGAUGGAUGUUGUUAAAACCCGGAUGCAGUUGCAAGGAGAGCUGCGCGCGCGAACAGAUGCAACCACGCGGUAUCGAGGCAUCUUCCACGCUUUGUAUGUGAUCGCAAGAGCUGAUGGUGCACUGGCCUUGCAGAAGGGGUUGGCACCAGCCAUGGUGCUUGGGUUUACUAUGAACUCCGUCAGACUAGGCAUGUACCACGUCGCAGAAGUAAACGGAUGGACGAAAAACAAAAAUGGCGAGAUUAGCAUAGAAAAAGCAAUAUUUUGGUCAAGUGCGAGCGGUGUCAUGAGUGGUGUGACUGGCAACCCUGCUUCUGUGGUAAAGACUAGAAUACAAGCCGCUGCACACCCUAGUAUAGCAGUCGGGAGGCAGCAUAGAUAUAAAGGAAUGUGUGACGGCAUCGUCACGAUAUACAAGACUGAAGGGUUGAGGGGUUUCUUCGCGGGAGUAUCCGCGACGUGCACGAGGCUGGCCAUUGGCAGCGCCGCUCAACUCACCACAUUCUCCAAAUUCAAGGAAUAUCUGCUAUCUCGGGGAUAUUUUGAGGAUGCACCGCUGACUUUGUCGUUUUGGGCGAGCAUCGUGUGCGGUGUGAUCGUUGUUUGUAUCGAAACUCCGCUGGAUGUUGCAAACACACGGCUUUAUAACCAGGGAUCCUCAGCAACAGGCGCCGUCCUAUACACGGGAGUUCUCGACUGCCUUACCAAAAUAUACAGAACCGAAGGCCUCCACGGUCUCUACAAAGGACUCGGACCACUCUACCUACGGAUAGCACCUCACACUACCCUCUCCUUAGUCAUUUGGGACAUGCUCAACAAUCUCCUAGCAAAAAGUAAAAUAAAUAGUAAAGUCGUUGUUUAA